AUGUCGUCAGACGACAUCCAAUACCCGUCAGGAUUCGGCUUGAAAGAUGUUGUUGCCUGGGGAACUACGGGUCUAGUCGUCCUCGAUGAGCCCUCCAAGACAAUCAUCAGGACACCUCUUGAUUCUCUCGACCAGGAGCGCAUUGCAGAGGCGAUCAAUUUUAUCCACGGAGCUGGUGUCAUUCACGGAGAUCUAACACGUGAAAACAUAUUCUUAGAUGAGAAUCUCAACGCUAAGCUGGCCGACUUCGCUGGAUCAUCUAUAGACGGAUCUCCUCUCCCCAUCGCAGUAACGGCUAGUCACGAAUACCCCGGGUCCCUCGUAUUUGUCCAGGGCGAUCUCUUCGCGUUCGGCUCCAGUCUGUACGAAAUCAUGACUGGACACGCACCUUACAACGGCUUAACCGACAAAGAAAUUCAUACCCUAUACUCAAAGGGUGAGUUUCCUAAUACCGAGUUCCUACAGGCGAUUGGAAGCACUAUUAGGAAAUGCUGGCACGGCCAAUACUGUGCAUCUGACUCGGCCACGAAAGAUAUAAGAGGCAUAUUUCCCCCAAUGCCCUCCUUCCAAUUCCAAGUCCAAGGUGACGAAUCAUCGACCCAAAGUAGCACAACAAGAUGA